GGAGGCCUGGCGUGCUGUGAUUCAUGGGGUCGCAAAGAGUCGGACACGACUGGGUGACUGAACUGAACUGAAGAACCAACAAUUGAAAGAAAAAUUUUACAAAAUUUCGAACAAUUUUUGAUGAAGGAAUAUCUUUUCUUUAAGUUGAGAUAUUGUUGAUUUACAAUAAUUUGUUUGUUUAAGGUGUACAGCAAAGUGAUUCACUGAUUUAGCCUCUCAGGUGCUUCCUUGGACAAAAUUCAUUCCCUUUGGGAGGCCCGUGGGCCAUGUCCUCCACUCACAACAGCUAAGAAUCCUGAAUACGCAAAGCAGCCUGUGGUGGUGCUUGUGGGGGUUUUUAGAAUGAAUAAAUUAUUCUACCAUGACAGAAGAAACAAGGCCAGAGGUUAAGAGAGGAUCUCCAAACCUAUCUUCCAACAGGAGGACCUGCUCCCUUGAAUGUGGGUGCGUGAAACAGCACUUGGGAAGGUUAGAGGUGUGUCAUGAGUAUUGUGCCUGCAGAGGACAAAGUGGUGUGUAGAGAGGAUGAGCAGGCACGUCCCAGGACACUGAGCACAUGGACACAGUGACUGGACUCUCAGCUCUGCUCUGGGGGUAUCGCAUUGUCUCCACCGCGGACACAGGGGGAGCAGCUCACACGUGUCCUGGAGAGUAUGGGCCCAUGACCUGGCCCUGGCCAAUCGGUGUGUUCUCUCCCCCCUGGCCACCGUGAUUGGCUCAGGACUGGUGCGAUGACCAAUCGGGGCCCAGGGCCGGGCCUCACGCUGGAAUCAAGGGAAGAGGAGCUGGCCUUCUGCCAGAAGGGGUGGGGCUGGGUGAGGUCAGGCUACAGCAGUGGGAGGGGCGUGAGGUCAGCCUGGGGCGGUUGGUGGCCUUCCUGAGCCCAUCAGGGUAGAGCUGCUGGCCUGAGAAUGAGGCCGCUGCUGAGCCCAGCGGUUGAGAGCGCCGGUUCCUGCUGUGGUCCCGGAGCUCCACCUGAAACCGGAGGGAAGCCUUCUGCCUCUGUCUUUCCUGGCUUAUUUUGUGAAUUUGUUUCUGCCAGAGGAAGAGCUUAGGAUCUGCCUUCUGGCUGAGAUGUGACACAACAGCAACACUUACCUGGAUAUCAUGAGCAUAUUUGCCAAAAGGGCUUUGUUUUGCAGAAGACAUCUUGAAAGUACCUACACUGUCCUUUCAGAUACCCAAAGGCUGUUUGAAAUGAAAUAAAAAACAAGAAUUCUCAAGUUUAGUCUUACAAUAUGUGGUGAGUUGGAAAAAUCCCCUGGAGAAGGGAAACACUACCCACUCCAGUAUUCUGGCCUAGAGAAUUCCCUGGAGUGUAUAGUCCAUGGGGUGGCAAAGAAUCAGACAAAAUCGGAUGACUGAACACCAACAGCCAUGAAGUUUCACCAUUUGUGCAACAGAGAUACCAACAGUAUUUGCUCGACAGUGUGCAUGUUCAGUUGCUCAUUCGUGUCCAACUCUUUGCAGCCCUGUGGACUGUAGCACCAAGGUCCUCUAUCCUCUAUGGAAUUUUUCAGGCAAGAAUACUGAAAUGGGUUGCCAUUUCCUCCUCCAGGGGAUCUUGCCCACCCAGGGAUUGAACCCAGGUCUCCUGCACUUCCUACAUUGGCUGGUGGGUUCUUUUCUGCUGAACCACCUGGGAAACAAGUCAGUACAUCACGGGGUAUCCUAAAGGACUUAACUUAGAGUCUGGCACUCGGGAAAUUCUCACUGGUGAUGUGAAUAUUCAGUCAUAUGUCAUUAUUGCUCAUAUGAUAAUGGAAUGGCCAUGCUCACAAAGGAGAAAGAAUAGCCUUUCCAAGUCCAAUUAAAUCCUUCACCACACAUAUCUUCUUUAAAACUUCUGACUUUGAAAUAAACAUCAAGCUUAAAGACAUUGGUUAUGGCCACCAGCAAAGAUCGAGUUGUACUAAUCAGUGACGAGGCUUCUUCCAGUUCCAACAUGCAUGCGUUGUUUCCCCAGCACCACCCAGCACUUCUGUGACAGCAGCUGGGGGUCCUGCAACUUAACUCAGUGUGGACACUGCCUAUCUGGGGGUAGUUCCAGACCCCACAGGUUAAAGGCCCAGCCCUACAAGACCCUCCCCUGACUCCAGCCAUCAUUUGCAAGCCCAGAUUGUCACCUGCGCUCUGACCCAGUGGCUACCUGUUCAGAGAUUCUAAUGACUUUGGGUUCUAUUAAUUUGUCGAAUGGUCAUGGAACUCAGAGAAACAUGUUGCCUGGAAGAUCACAGCCUUAUUGUAAAACGUAAUAAACUCAGGAACAGCAGAUGGAGGGGGAUACACAGGACAAGGUGUGUGUGGGGGAGGCACGGAACUUCACGCUCUCUGAGCCUCACUUUCCCCAAAUUUGCAUGUGUUCAUCAACCCAGAAGCUAUCCAGACUCUGGGGGUUUUUAUGGAGGAGUCAUCACACAAGCACAAUUGAUUAAAUCACUGGCUGUUGGUGAUUGCUUCAAGCAGAAGCCCUUCUGGCUUUCCCAGACAUAGUGGGCGGGGGCAGGGGAGGGACCGAAAGUUUCAGUCGUCUAACCAUGUGCUUAGUUACCCUGGCAAGCAGCGCCCCUCUUUGGAAAGGAGGCACUCUUCGAAAAGUCACCUCAUUCACCUAACAAGAGACACCUUGACUGUUCUCCCCACUUAGAUAAUUCCCAGAGUUUUAGGAGCCCUGUGCCAGGACCAGGGCACAAAGGCCAAAAAUGGAUUUCUUAUUAUUAAUACAAAUCACAAGCUCCCAGUGACCCCAAAUUUCAGUGAUGAUUUGGUUCUGUAGCCUUAAAAGUUUUUCAGCGGUUGAUUGGACCUUUUUUAAAAAAAACUUUGGGGCCACAUCUCAAGGCAUGCGGUGAUCUUAGUUCCCCAACCAGGGAUUGUACCCACACUCCCUGCAUUGGAAGGCAGAGUGUUAACCGCUGGACCACCAGGGAAGUCCCUGAUUGGGCCCUUUUUAGGUGAAACUGUUAUCGUGGCAUAAACUAAAUUGUUCAAGAUUUCGAAAAGCUGGAGCUGAGCAUGAGCCAUCUUCUUGUGGUGUCUUCAGAUCAUUACCGAUUUUUCCAUGGCCCCUGCAACCCCGAGCUUUCCCCUGAGAUGAGUCAGGCCCCAGGAAGCCUGUUGCCUGCCCCUGCUCGAGACCAGAGUCUAUUCAGGGGCCGCUGGGCACAGGCAGCGUGCGGGGUGUGUGCGGGUCCACACCAGCCCGAUUAGCGGAGAGAUGUCCGGGAUGACUCGUUCCCAGGUGUGCUCUGAUUCCAAGAAGUGAGAGGGUUUGGGGAACAAGAUAGCCUCGGAGAGAGCCCAGCCACACGACCUUGCCCACUGUGAAACAAACUUGGGGCUUAUGCGUGCUUCCCCAGGGAGAAAGAAAUCCAUGGGCUCCAUUGGAUCCUCAAACAAUGACCCCCAAAAGAUGAAGAGUCUUAAAGUGGGAUUUCUCAGCCUUGGCGUUGUUGGCAUUUAAUAUCUUGCAGCAUUCAUAAAUGCAACUGAAAAUGUCCCCAGAUGUCACCAGUGUCCCCCGGACCCAAACAUGAGGGCCAGCUCGACAGGCUGGACCAGGAGCAGGGAUGAAUGAAACGAAAGUUGCUCAGUCGUGUCUAACUCUUGGCGACCCAAAGGGCUACACAGUCAAUGAAAUUCUCCAGGCCAGAAUACUGGAGUAGGUAGCCUUUCCCUUCACCAGGGGAUCUUCGCAACGCAGGGAUCGAACCCAGGUCUCCUGCAUUGCAGGCAGAUUCUUUACCCGCUGAGCCCCAAGGGAGGCCCAAGGGAAGCCCAGGAGCAGGGGUAGGGGGAUGCAAAAGGACAGUGAAGCAAGAGGAAUGGGGGCAGAUAAGCAAGUCUGCCCUCCUGAAAUGUCUGCUGGCCCGGUCGUCUGCAGUUAUGACUGGGCAGGGUGUGGAGGUCACAGGGGCUCAGAGGUGUGUGACCCCCUUUGCUCCCCCUGGGCCAGCAGGUGUGUGAGGCUGAGCCGCUCCGAGGCAACAUGGGCUUCGAGCCCCACACAGAUGGGGCCCCUGUGUGCAGCGUGAGCCUUUCUCCCGAGUCAGGAGAUUUAUUGUUGAGAAGACACCCCACGAUGACCGGGGGAAGACUGGCCUGGAUGAGGUAGCGAUCGAUUGGUGGAUCUUAGGGACACAGAACAUUGAGUGUCCCAGGUGGGGCUUCUGAUACCAACGACCACAAACUGGGGUGGCGGGAAGGCUUAAAACAAUACUAAUUGAUUCUCUCCCAGUUCUGGGGGCCAGAAGUCUAAAGUCAAGGGUCAGCAGGACCGGGCCCCCCGACCUGGGCUCUGGAGGAGCAUCACUCCCACCUCUUCCAGUUUCUGGGGCUCCAGGUGUUCCUGGGUUUGUGGCCACAUCCCCCAACCUCUGCUUCCUCCUCACACGGCCUCCUUGUCUCUGUGUGCCUCUCCUCUUCUUAUAAAGACACCCAUCAUCCUGCAUAAGGCCCACCUAAUCCACUGUAACCUUAUCUAACUUGAUUUCAUCUGCAAAGACCCCAUUUCCAAAAAAAGGCCCCCUGGCAAAUAUGGGGAGUUGGGAUGUGGGUGUCUCUUUUGGAGGGCACCAUUCACCCUGCCACAAAGCUGAGCCCUUACACACGAGCGGUUAUCCCAGGAGUAGGGGGAGCUCACACGGGACCCCUCGAGUACAGCCAUGGGUGGGGGAGACAUGGUGCGUGGUUGGAGGGCUGAGCAGGGUAGGUGGUCUGUCGGGGACCAAGCCUUGGCCUGGCUGCCUCAGUGCAGGGUCCCCGGCUGUGCAUGGAAGCCCCUGAGGUCGUCAAGAUGCAGGUUCUGACUUUUAGCAGGUCUAGGAGUGCCCCACAGUGCGCUUCUCACCUGCUCCCAGGGUGUAUAAACUGAUGACCCUGGUCCAUGCUUAGAGGUGCAAGGAGCGUGCAGGCCUGUUUCCCAGGAGCUGUCAGAAACUUCCCCAAGGAAGCCCCCCCCCACACUGUCCACGCAAGUCCCCAAUCCCCUGUCCAGUGCCCCAGAGGUACCCCAGACAGAGACCUGUACACAACACUGGGUGCCCGGGCCAGGAACCCAGUGGAGGGGGAAGUGGUGGGUCUGGAAGAAAUGUGCUCAUAACUUUGCGUAUAGGACAGAUGGAGGCUGAGCCUGGCUGACUGGCUGUGACCACAGGUGAUCCACUUGCCCCCCACCCUCUGCCAGGCACUGUGGGCCCAGAGGAACUCAGCUUAAAAAUUGCUUCCCCACCCACCCACAAGAGGGGCCCUCAUUGUCAAAUUAGGAUCUGACACCUUGAUCCAGAAGAUGGCCCCGAAGUCAGUUUCAUGCAUGAAGGUCCAGGAGGGGUGUCAUGUCAGAGACCCCUGGGGGGCAGACAGGAUGGAAAUGGUGGGGAAAGGUCCUGGAGGCAGGCGGCCCAGGCCUGCCUUCUGCAGAAGCGCCUCUUCCGCCCAUCCCCCACUGCUCUGUCCCUCCGAUGGCGGUGGGGUUAGUGGCCAGGGUUCCCAGGAAACGGACAAGAGCAGCUUGUGGGGAAUUCCUCUGGAGCCAGCGCCAUUUCCUAUGGAUGAAGGGUAAAGUGCCACGGGGGUAGGAGGAGCAUCCUGAAACGAUCUGACCUUGACUCAGGGCCUGGGGUCCGGAGUCAGAUUGAAGUCCAGGCACUCGCUGCAGCGGAGGGUUCGGCUUCAGGAGAAGGGGCACGCUGACUUGGGGGUGUAGUCGUGGGGUGGUCUCACCACUAGGACGAAGAUUCGGGUCCUUGAUAUCAAAGAGAGGCGGGGCUUCCCGCCGACCCAUUGAGAAGCAGGUGUCAGCUCAUGGAGACCACGGCAGCUGCCGCCCCAACUUGGGGCUGCUUCUCCUCUUUCCUGCUCCUGGCCUUCGGGACGCUAGUGGCCGCCUUGCUGGGCGCCGCUCACCGCCUGGGGCUCUUCUAUCAGUUGAUGCACAAGGUGGACACGGCAAGCAUCCGGCAUGGUGGGGAGAAUGUGGCAGCCGUGCUGAAGGCCCACGGUGUGUGCUUCCUUUUCACGCUGGUCGGCGGGCACAUUUCGCCACUGCUGGUGGCCUGUGAGAAGUUGGGCAUCCGCGUGGCGGACACCCGCCACGAAGUCACAGCUGUCUUUGCCGCUGAUGCUGUAGCCCACCUGACCGGGACGGUGGGCGUGGCAGCAGUGACGGCCGGCCCCGGCCUCACCAACGCAGCGACUGCGGUGAAGAAUGCUCAGGUAGCCCAGUCCCCAGUCCUGCUCCUGGGUGGUGGGGCCAGCACCCUGCUGCCGAAUCAGGGUGCACUCCAGGCAGUUGAUCAGAUAGCCCUGUUCAGGCCGCUCUGCAAGUUUUGUGCUUCUGUGUGGAGAGUGCGGGAUAUCAUCCCCACCCUGAGCACCGCGAUGGCCGCUGCACAGUCGGGCACCGCCGACCCGGUGUUUGUGGAACUGUCUCUGGACGUGCUGUACCCCUACUUCCUCGUUCAGAAGGAGAUGGUGCCAGGUAAGCCGCCCAAGGGCCUCAUGAGUCGAGCGGUCCACUGGUACUUAGCGAAUUCCCUGGCCAACCUCUUUGCAGGAGCUUGGGAGCCUCAGCCUGAGGGGCCUCUGCCCCUGGACAUUCCCCAGGCCUCCCCCCAGCAGGUUCAGCAAUAUGUGGAGAUCUUGAGUCGGGCCAAAAGGCCCCUCAUGCUAAUUGGGAGCCAGGCCCUGCUGCCUUCGACAUCCUCAGACAAACUUCGGGUUGCCGUGGAGACCCUGGGCAUCCCUUGCUUCCUGGCGGGGAUGGCACAGGGACUGCUGGGCCGCAGCCACCCCCUCCACUUCCGGCAGAACCACAGGGCCGCCCUGAAGGCAGACGUGGUUGUCCUGGCAGGAGCAGUGUGUGACUUCCGCCUUUGUGGGCGUGUCCUCAGCUGCAGCAGCAAACUCAUUGUUGUCAACCGUGACCGGAAGGAGAUGCUGAUCAACUCAGACAUUUUCUGGAAGCCCCAAGAGGCUGUGCAGGGAGAUGUGGGCUUCGUGGUGAAGCUGGUGGAGGGCCUCCAGGGUCGGAUGUGGGCCUCAGACUGGGCAGAGGAGCUUCGGCAAACUGACCAACAGAAGGAGCAGAACUUUCGGGAGAAGGCAGUGAUGCCCGUAGCCCAGCAUCUUAACCCGGUGCGGGUCCUGCAGCUGGUGGAGGACACUCUGCCUGACAACUCCAUCCUGGUGGUCGAUGGCGGGGACUUUGUGGGCACAGCUGCCUACCUGGUGCAGCCCCGUGGGCCCUUGUGUUGGCUUGAUCCUGGGGCCUUCGGGACUCUGGGGGUUGGUGCCGGAUUUGCGCUUGGGGCCAAACUGUGUCGGCCGGAUGCUGAGGUCUGGUGCCUGUUUGGGGAUGGAGCGUUUGGCUAUAGCCUAAUCGAAUUUGACACCUUCGUUGGACACAAGAUCCCAGUGAUGGCCUUGAUAGGAAAUGAUGCUGGCUGGACCCAGAUUUCCAGGGAGCAGGUGCCCUCUCUGGGCAGCAAUGUGGCCUGUAGCCUGGCUUACACUGAUUAUCACAAGGCAGCCCAGGGACUGGGGGCCCAGGGCUUGCUGCUCUCACGCAAGAGUGAGGAUCAGGUGGUCAGGGUGCGUGACGCCCAGCAGCGGUGCCAAGAGAGCCCCCCGGCUGUGGUCAGCAUCCUCGUCGGGAGCACGGUCCAGGAUGGCUCCAUUGCCAUGUAGGGCCUCGUGGGUCAGUGCUCUUGGCUCUCUUCCCACCCCUGGACUGUGCCUAGCUGGCUUGGAGUUUCAUCCUUGCCUGCCCUGGGCCUAAGCCAUGAGGCCCAGUGACCCUGCAGUCUUCCCUGAGGACAGGGAGGGGCUGGAAGGAGUCAGAGCUAAGAGAGGCUCUGACAGCCCUGGGGAGUCCUUGGGCCUAUUUGUGAGCUCACCUGUGUCCUUUCUCCCCUCCUCACUUGUUCAGUCGCUACGUCGUGUCCAUCUCUUCGUGACUUCAUGGACUGCAGCACGCCAGGCUCCUCCAUCCCUCCACUAACUCCCAU